AUGAGGAGGAGGAGGAGGAGGAAGUUCACGGAGGAGCUCGAAGAUUGGGAGAAAGAGUUCGGGAAGAACCGGUUCCGGUUCAAAGAUUUGUACUAUGCGACCAACGCGUUCGAGGAGACGAACCUCCUGGGAGCUGGUGGGUUUGGAAGGGUAUACAGAGCCCCUGAACACACCAGGACAGGACGAGCCACGACCGCUUCCAAUGUUUUUGCGUUUGGUGCAUUUCUACUAGAAGGUGUAUGCGGUAGGCGUCCUGUCGAGAUUCAGAAUGAUAACAAUGAAACGUUUGUGCUUGUGGAUUGGGUUUUUGCAUUAUGGAACAAGGGAAACAUCUUGGAUGCUAUAUAUCCGAAUAUGGGUUCCGAGCUUAACCAAGAAUAA